AUGGUGGUGCCCUGCUUCUGCGGCAUGCUCUUGACCUCCAUCCUAGCCUUGAAGAGCGCCCCCAUGUCCCUGGUCAUCGUCCUUCGCAGUGCCUCACCGCUCUUCUCCCUGCUCAUCGAGCGCUUCUACCCCGAGCCACUUCGAAUCAGCGGUCAGAUGGUCGGCGCCAUCCUUGUGAUGGUUGCCGGGGCGGUGAUGUACGUCUCGCAGCUCCAUUCGGAGCACUGGGGGGGCAUCGGAUGGGUGAUGCUCAACAGCGUGGUGGCUGUAUGUGAUCGGCUCCUUCAGCGUCUGUUGCUGUCCAAGGAUCAGCACCCGGUGGACAUCUCGAAGACCGGUAUCACGAUUAUCAACAACAUGAUGGGGCUGAUCCCGGUUGGACUUGCAGCCUACUUCAUGGGCGAGGUCCAAGCGUUUCCGGCGGCCUAUGCCCACCUCACCAGCCUCGACAAGGUGCUGACUCAUGGCCAGAUUCUGGGCGCCUGCCUAUCUAUCCUCGGCGGCAUCCUCUAUGGAAAAGCUCGCUCGCAAAUUGAGCAGGAGGACGAAGACUCUUGCCUCGAAAAUAGCGAUGGCGAGACAAAGAGUCGUCGGUUUGUUGUCGUGGUCGUGGUGGUUGUGGUUGCGCUUACUGUUGCGGUGGUGGUGGUGGUGGUGGUGGUGGUGGUGGUGGUGGUGGUGGUGGUGGUGGUGCUGCUGCGUCGCCUCCGUGGUCGUCAGCUGUGA